AUGGGCAUGCGUGUGCCCAUACAACACUCACCCAUCCUGGAACGCGACUCGCACUCCCGCAGGGCUAGAAGCAGGAGCCAUUCCACAUCCAGUACUCAGCAUUCAUCUUCUCCUCUUACUAUAGCGAACUCUGCUUCUGCUGCUGUAUCUACGACCUACUCUAAUCCUGCGAUCUCAGCCGAAGCUUCUGCAUCCUAUUCUUCGCUCUUGACGUCUCCUUUAGAUACGAGCUCUGUCUUACAUAACGACGAAAUUCAGCGACAUACAAGAAGUGUGCAUCGCCGAGACGAGUUUGAAGAGCUUUCGAAUAGUAACUCGGACGAAGAACUACACAGAGCAAAACGACCAAGAAUUGAGGGAUUGAAUACGGAGACGAAGAUAAAUAUGCGGAUCAAUCAGAAUGAGAACGGAGUUGGAGGAAGUGCGAAUGGGAUUUCGCACGUAUCUAAUGGGGAUACGAAAGAAUGUGCCAAUGGACAGGCUGUUGUUAAUAAGAAUGAAAAUCCAAGGAAGAAAGAGCUUGUGAGACUGAUUGUACAGUCUUUGCAGGAUAUGGGCUAUAGUCAAUCAGCAUCAUUGCUUGAGAGCGAGUCUAGUUGUAAGCUCGAAAGUCAAGCCGUUGCGCAAUUCAGGGAGGGGGUGCUGAAAGGCGAUUGGGACCUUGUAGAAAGUCUUUUAUCAACGUUGGAAUUGGAUCAGAGUAAAGACGCAGUGGUCGUUAAGUUUCUGAUUAGGGAACAAAAGUACCUUGAACUGUUGGAAAUUAGACAAUUAUGGGAGGCGCUGACGGUGUUGAGAGAAGAACUUACUCCACUUAAUCAUAAUAUUCCACGACGUCAUGUGCUUUCUAGCUAUAUGAUGUGCUCAAGUGCUGAAGACUUAAAGAGAAGAGCGGAUUGGGAUGGUGCAAAGGGAAACUCACGCCAGAAGUUGUUACUGCAACUGCAAAAAUAUAUUUCUCCAUCAGUUAUGGUUCCAGAACAUCGGUUAGAGACGCUUUUAGAUCAGGCUUUAAUGCUGCAAAGAAUACAAUGCCUAUAUCAUAAUUCAGAUGACCAUAUUACAUUAUAUUCAGAUCACAAUUGCGACAGGUCGCAAUUCCCGACAGUCACUACUCAUAUAUUUGACCAGCAUAAAGAUGAGGUGUGGUAUGUCGCGUUUUCUAACGGUGGAAAAUAUCUUGCAUCAGCUUCAAGAGAUAAGACUGCUAUUGUAUGGAGCUUGGAGAAUUGGGAGUUGGUACAUAUACUUGAGGACCACGAAGACUUUGUUUCAUUCUUAUCAUGGUCUCCUGACGAUUCAAUGCUAUUGACUUGUGGACAAGAUCAUCUGUUAAAGCUAUGGAAUACAAAGACGGGAAAGUGUGUUAUUACAAUGUCAGAGCAUAGUGAUGCGGUUACUGCAUGUGCCUGGCUUCCCGAUGGAAAAUCUUUUAUCAGUGGGUGCCAGGACAAAGUUACAAUAUUAUGGAGCCUAGAUGGCCAUAUUUUACAUAAAUGGACAGGUACACGUCUUAUGGAUCUCGCAAUAAACAAAGAAGGCACUCGAAUGGUGGCUAUUUGUCACUCUAUGAAAAUACAUAUUUACAAUUUAAUAACAAAGAUGGAAGAGGAACCAAUUGAGGAGACAGCCCAUGUCACAUCUGUUUGUCUAUCGGAUGACUGUAGAUAUGCUUUGGUGAACCUAGCGACGAGUGAGAUACACCUUUGGGAUAUUGAAGAAAAACAUCUGGUUCGAAAAUACUUUGGUCAGAAACAAGGAAAAUAUGUCAUUAGGUCUUGUUUUGGCGGACUUGGCCAAGGUUUCGUUGUCAGCGGAAGUGAAGAUUCUAAUAUCUAUGCAUGGAACCGACAACAUACUACGCUGCUUGAAGUGUUGUCUGGACAUCGUGGAAUAGUAAAUAGUGUGAAUUGGAAUCCAGUCGACCCUCACAUGUUUGCAUCGGCCGGUGAUGAUCACACAAUUCGAAUAUGGGGAAUAUCAGAUUCCGCUGACAAAAAGGAGAAGACAACAACGGCAUGA